CUCACAUUACCUCUAGUUUUUACAAUAGGAUCACUCUACGCUAAAACAUGUACGCAUUGUAUUGGAGCAACAGAUAUAUCAGAAUGUACGAAACGUGCCGUUUGUGGUGUUAACGAGGAUUGUUAUUUGGAUAAAUACCUGGGGGUCGAUAUGAUUACAAGAUAUGAUGCAGGCUGUCGUUCGAAACAGGUGUGUGGUGGUAGUCAUGCUAGGAGAAGACGACAACUAGUUAUCUGUACCGAUUGUUGCUCUGAUGCUCCGGACAUUUAUGGUCCAUGUAAUUCUAAACUGUGUGGUCUUACUCCUACAAGGGAGAACUAUGGUUGUAUUGUCUGUCAAGGAGUACACAGUAGCGUUGGUGCUUGUUCUUCCGUUGCUCUCUGUCCUCCCAAUGAGGUUUGUUUUACUGGAAUCCGCAUUGUUGGCACGGCUAUUCGAUAUGUUUUUGGUUGCUAUGAUGAACGUGCGUGUCUUGCCAUGGUAGAAAAUGAGAUGGCACAUUCGACCAUUCACGGAAGACGUGGAAGAGUUAUUUAUGGUGAUAUAGGAACGCGAAUAUGUGAUGCUUGUUGUAAGGGAGACAGGUGUAAUGCUGCUGACUGUUUUGACCUCAGGAAAAAUAUGACAGUUGCUGAUUACAGUCAUAGCUUGACUGCGACCACAUCGGGGCCUGCCUUUGGUUGA